CGUAGAACGAUUUGAAAGUGACCUUCAGGCUAUCUACUUGUAGAUGUUAGAAAUACCCGGGUCGGCCAAUUGUCUUUAAAAAAAUAAGUGAACACGGGUUUUCCUCGUAUAUAAUGUGGCAAGAAAUAUCACAAAAUUUGUGUAGAAAUGUGUCGGAUACUUUUUUAUUGGAAUACAUGCAUAAAUUAUGCGGUGGCAACCCUCACUGUUCUGGCAGCAAAGGAAAUUACGAGAUAGCAAACUUCAUAGAAAGGAGCUGGAAAGAAUGGGGUUGGCCUAUUGUCGACAGACAAGAAUUUUAUGUUACUCUUCCUUUGGGCCCUCCUGAGAAUGGUCCAUGGAAUGAGGUUCUUCUAACCAACUUGGAUGGCACCGAAGUCAUACACAGAGCUCAAAAUAGCGUUACUGUUCCAUCGAAACCUGAAAUAUGCUCUCAAAAUGUAACUGUUGACAACUCCUGCAGUAACCAAUUACCUGUUUAUCAGGCUUAUUCAUGCUCUGGUGAGUCGUUUGGAUAUUUUGUAUUUGUGAACUAUGCAAGACGUAAGGAUUUGUUGUUGUUUGAUAAAUUGCAAGGCCGAAAGAAGGGUGAACCUAGUCAUAUAUGCAACAAGAAUGUCAUUGUAAUUGCCAGACUGGGCAACGGAACUCGACAAUCCAAGUUAAAAAAUUUAAUGGAACAUUGCACUUGUGGUCAAAACAAUACUUCACUUCCUGACCACCAUCCUGGCGCUCUUAUUCUGUAUCCUGAUCCACAAGAUUUUGCUGUAAAUGAUCUAGUUUAUCCUAGUGGGAAAGGGUUACCAGGGGAUGCUCCUGUAUUUGGUCAUAUGAAUAUGAAAUAUGCUGGCGGUGGUGAUCCGACCUGCGCUGGAUUUCCAUCACUUCCCCAUAUUUAUCGAAUUGACACACUUGUACAAGGUGAUGCCCUUACACAGAUUCCUGUUCAACCUAUUGGCUAUGAUGAUGCCAAAAUAUUUCUAUCGAGCUUAGAGGGACCAACUAUCCCUAAUGAUUGGGAUACUCGUUUGGCGACUCAUUUGGGACCAUCAACUAAAACCUGUUUGAAAGUUGUAGUACAUAAUCAAGUUUCUAAAAACCCAGUAAAGUUAUGUAAUGUAGUGGGUAUAAUGCCGGGUGAAAUGACACCUACUUCAACUGAAUCUGAUCAAUAUGUAAUUAUGGGUAAUCAUCAUGAUGCGUGGGUACAAGGCGCUUGUGAUCCAGGAUCAGGUAUGGUGAUUUUACAAGAAAUCGCUCGAAUUCUUGGCGAGGCUUAUCGUAACGGUUUCAAACCUCGUCGUACGAUAAUUCUUGGUUCUUGGGAUGGAGAGGAAUUUUCUGUCUUGGGUUCAACACAUUUUGUACAUAAAUCUGAAUAUGAACUAUUAUCUAGAUGUGUUGUUUACAUCAAUUCAGAUUGUCCAGUUAAAGGUCAUAAAACUUUUUCAGCUCGAACCGAUAGUUUAUUAAUUGAUAGUCUUAUAAAUGCUGCAAAAUUAGUUCCAGUUGAUCCACCAAUAAAUAUGCAAUCAUUCUAUGACGAAUGGUUAAAUAAUAAAAUUAGUGAUCGUAAUGAACCUGUAAUCACAUCUCUUGGUGGUGGAUCGGAUCAUAUACCUUUUGCCUAUCGUUUAGGGAUUCCAUCAACAUAUCCAGAGUUUCUACCAGACGAUGGCUUAUACAAUACACCAGUUUACCACACUGCUUAUGAUAUUAUUGAUGUUGUAGAAAGAUUUACUGAUCCUGCUUCACCAUUUACAGGUCACUUCCCUCGACAUAGAUUAAUUGCGCGUUUAAUGUUAACGCUUAUUAUACAGUUUGCAUGUGCUCCACGUCUGCCACUUUCGAUAUUGAGAUGUUCACAAUGUUUAUUGGAUGAUUGGUUGAAAUUUAUGGAGUUAGUAACGCAUCAAAUACCUAAUAUUUCAGAAUAUGAUGUGAAUCUAGAUUGGGUUUUGGAAGAAAUCCAGAAGUUCAAGAAGUCAUCUCAAGAUUUUGAAGAUUUUGCAAAUACUAUGGAAAGAAAUUGCACUAGAAUUGGACCGAAACAUAUUUGUUAGCGACUUCAUGGUUGGUGAGUAACCGAAGAACGGUCAAAUUGACUACAAAGCGGCUUCUAUUAGUUUUAUACGACGCAAAAACAAAUAACUGUGAUUUUGCUUACCUGUGUCAUUUAAUUUUACCUUUGAAAAAUCGGAUCUUUCAGGUCGUAGGAUUUUAGUAUCUGUCUGAAUUAGUCUAUACACUAUGUGUUAUUUCUUUUAGCCGCUCACUACAGUUUCAUUAUAACGGGGUGCUUUUAUUAUUAUGAGAUCAUACGAAGAAUAGUCACAUCAAUGAUUGUGGUUAAUAGUUAGAUUUUACCAUAUAAUGUGAUAAACAAUCCAUUGAAAAAAGUCAGUGCACCAUUUCUAAUAAACAGUACAAUUGUUUUCGUUAUUUUUAUCUUGAAUUUUAGUUUUCCCUCCUAUCUCAAUCGUAUACUUGUUGGUGUUUCUAAACAUUUUGUUGCUGCUGGUCAAUGUGAAAAAUCAUCUUUGAAAAAUGUCAUCCAAGGAACUACUGGUUAUAAAUCAGUUUAUUUUCCUCAUGUAAAAUCAUCAUUUAAAAAUCUUAAAAUCUUAUAUGAUAAAUGUAAGACAAAAACUUCAAAUUCAACAGAACUGCACGAUUUCAAACUGGAGCUUUCAAAUGUUUUGAAUUGUUUACAACAAUUAACUAAUUGGCUUCGAAAUAGUUGGAUUGGUUUGACUAAUUCUUCAGUAGUAUUAUAAUAGUUACUUUUCAUAUUCAUUUUUAUAUGGACUUUAGUAAAAGCUAACAUACUUUUCAUGUCAUUUCAUUAGACUUUUAACUAAUAGUGUUUUUUUUUACCUUCAAAAUAUAUUUUGUAGAUGCAAGUGAUUUCUCUUCAAUUUAAAGCAAUGUAUAUUAUGUGAAUUCCAAGGGUAGAGGAAGAGCAAGAUGACGGAACAGUUGUGUGCUUAGUUAUUCCGAAACUAUCUUUCCUCUUUAAUAUUUCUGACUUCAAUGCUUGAACUUUGAUUUUUAUAUGACCAUAGUUAAGUUUGUUGAGGAUUCCACCAAAGGUUGCUAAUUGUCCUUGUUAUAUGUUAGUGUCCUAGUUUAAUAUUAUUAUUCAGUGUUUACUGUCUAUUGGGUAAGAUAAGCGCUUUCCUGAAGGUUGUGCUUCUAGUAUUUCUGUCUAAACCUUUACCAUAUAACUGAACCCAAAUCGGGUCAUAGUUCCUUUUUAGGUUGGAAGUUUUUUGGCUUUUUAUGAUUGGUUCGCAAACAUUUUACAACUUAUUUCUGUAUGAGUUCAGAUCAGUUUAUUUUUCAGGUUUGUCAAGAACUUUUGUAUGAAUCAUGUAAUCGAAUGAAUAAUUUGAGAAAAAUUAGAAGCUCCAAGUAAAGACAAUUAUAUCUGUCUUUGUAUAUACAUAUCAGCUAGACAAGAUCAUUUCGUACUCGAUGCUUCGGUUUACUCUGUGUGUUUAUCGGUUCGCCUCUUUGGAAAUCAAACUCUGGACGCUUGCAGUUAGUUGAUCACUGAGUAGUGACCAGUUUCCUGUAUGUCAAGUCUCUGACUGUGAAGCUGGGUGACACG